CGACACUGACCUCCACACAAAAAUCAUUGCUUGGUAGUCGAAACAACGAAAAAAACGCCACCUGCUGGAGGGAGACAUAUUUUCCACCGAGUUGGGCCACUCUUCCUCAUUGCUGUAAAACGCUCUAGAUAAGAGCGUCUCUAAAAGGUAAAACGACAGGGCCCAUGACCACUUAGAAGAGGCAAAUAUAUAAUUUAUUUAUCGGUAUUAAAAUAUUAAUUCUGGAAGAAAGAAGUCUACAUUUGAGUCACCCACCCCUCACUCUGCUUUCCCCAAGCCGUGGAACGUAAGGGAAGUAUCUGAUUUCUCCGGAGUAGCCAGCUUGCUAGCUAGCAGGCUGCGGUUCGCCAUAGCAUAGUUAUUGUUUGCUUGAUGUAGGCUGGAAGAAAGGAGAGAUGUGGUCCUUUUUCGCUCGGGAUCCAGUCAAAGACUUUAAUUAUGACAUUUUACCGGAGACUCAAACAUCCGGAAUAUGGACACUACAUCGGGGCAAACGAAAGAUGGGUGGGGAGCCAGUAUCGGUGUUUGUGUACGAGGUGUCAACGGGGACAGAGGAACAGACCCAGCUAGCAAAGGCAGCGUUCAAACGCAUGAAGACCCUCCGACAUCCAAACAUCCUGGCCUACGUAGAUGGAUUGGAGAGUGUGACAGAGAAGAGCCUGUACCUGGUCACAGAGCAGGUCACCCCCCUGGCAGCCCACCUAAAGGCCCAGUCAGAGAGGGGGGGCUCUGGGGAUCUGGAGAUGACCUGGGGCCUGCAUCAGAUCGUGAAAGCUCUUAGUUUCCUGGUGAAUGACUGCCACCUCCUCCACAACAACCUGGGUAUCUGGGCUGUGUUCGUGGACCGAGCCGGAGAAUGGAAACUUGGCGGUCUGGACCACAUGACCCCAGAGAACGGGGAAGCCUCCACAUCACUACCCUCCGCCAAAGCUGUUCACCCUGACAUGGACAAAUACGACCCCCCUGAAUCACCAAACGGUGGAGAGAAAUGGGCUGGGGAUGUGUGGCGGCUGGGCUGUCUGAUCUGGGAAGUGUUCAACGGUCCACUGCCCCGAGCCUCCUCCCUACGCUCCCUCGGAAAGAUCCCUAAAGCAUUGGUGCCUCACUACUGUGAGCUGGUAGGGGCCAACGCCAGGGCCCGGCCUAACCCAGCCCGCUUCCUCCAGAACUGCAGAGCUCCCGGAGGAUUCCUUAGCAACAGCUUUGUGGAGAGCAACCUUUUCCUAGAGGAGAUCCAGAUCAAAGACCCAGCAGAGAAGCAGCAGUUCUUUCAGGACCUGAGUGAGAACCUGGACUCAUUCCCAGAGGACUUCUGUAAGCACAAGGUGCUGCCACAGCUACUCACCGCCUUUGAGUUUGGCAGCGCUGGUGCUGUCAUCCUCACACCUCUGUUUAAGGUGGGGAAGUUCCUGUCUGCGGAGGAGUACCAGCAGAAGAUCAUUCCUGUCAUUGUGAAGAUGUUCUCCUCUACAGAUCGUGCCAUGAGGAUACGACUGCUUCAACAGAUGGAACAGUUUAUUCAGUAUCUAAACGAUGCAGCGGUAAACUCGCAGAUCUUCCCUCAUGUCGUUCACGGUUUCACGGACACAAACCCAGCCAUCAGAGAACAGACUGUCAAGUCCAUGCUGCUGCUGGCCCCUAAGCUGAAUGAGAGUAAUCUGAAUCAGGAGCUGAUGAAGCACUUUGCACGGCUGCAGGCAAGAGACGAGCAGGGACCAAUCCGCUGCAACACCACUGUGUGCCUGGGAAAGAUCGCCCCCUACCUCAACGCUGGGACACGACAGCGAGUGUUGAUCUCUGCGUUCUCUCGGGCCGCUAAGGACCCGUUUCCCGCCUCUCGGGCGGCUGGGGUUCUGGGCUUCGCAGCGACGCACAACUACUACAGUGUGCCGGAGAGCGCAGCACGGGUACUACCAACGCUCUGUACCCUCACUGUUGACCCUGACAAGCAGGUUAGAGAUCAGGCGUUUAAAGCCAUCAAGAGUUUCCUGACGAAACUGGAGACUGUUUCUGACGAUCCAACCAAGCUGACUGAAAUAGAAAAGGAUGUGAUGUCAUCAGCCCAGCCGGCGGGGGCAGCAGCCAGUUGGGCAGGCUGGGCAGUGACGGGGGUGUCCUCUUUGACCUCCAAGCUCAUCCGGACCGGCCCGGGGGCAGAGGUGGGAGGCCCAGCUGACAACACUUCUACUGCUGCUGCUGGUACUGCCUCUUCUCGCACCGGGAGCCCUGUGACCGAUGGGGUCGCCGUGGGCUCUGAAGUUAAACCACCGCCGGCCUCCGUGACUCUACUCUUUGCUUCUGGCCUUGCUAUCCAAUCAGACACUCCUAAGGUGACAGAGAAGGACGAGGAGCCAAUCGGAGAUCGUUGGGAUGACGAGGACUGGGGAAGUUUGGAGGACCCAGAGAAGGUACAUGCAGCAGACCCAGAUGACUGGAAUUCCUCUGAUUGGUCAGAAAUGUCGUCAGUCAAAAAGAAGGCCAGUGUAAGAGGAGUGGCUCUAGCAUCCUCUGAGGCGGUGAAAAAGCAGAGCUCCGAUUGGAGCAGCUCGGGCUGGGACGCCGACGACAGCUGGUCCAAUGAGAAGGAGGCUGACAGCCAGGGUCAGAGUUCACCGGGAGAGGAUGGGUGGGGCAAUGACUGGGAGGAGGAGGGAACGAUCGCUCCAGCCACUAAGAGUGCAGCUUUGCCGGAGGAGGUUCGGUUAGCCAGCGAGUAUGACUGGGACAGUAAGGUGGCCACGCAGACGGACUUCCUCGCCAACGUGUCUCAGAGAGCAACGCCCACCCCCACUGCUACGGUUGCUGAUGGCUGGAGUGCAGAGCCUGCUGGAGACUGGGGAGCCGAGGAGAGCUGGGAGUCUGUGAACGGAAGUCAAGCAGGCCUAAGCAAGGCAGAGCUGGCCAAGAAGAAACGUGAGGAGAGGAGGAAAGAACUGGAGGCCAAACGGGCAGAACGCAAGGCAGCUAAGGGUCCUCUCAAACUGGGCGCUCGGAAACUGGACUAACUGGAAGGAGGGCUGGCGGAAGGCCGGAAGCAAAGCAGACUGAGUGCUAUGAUGACUUUUCCCUGACUCCCGCAGAGAGGGUGGACUGGAUGGAAGGUUCAACAUUCCAUAAUCAAAAAAAGAAGAGGAUUGAAGAAGAGAGACACUGUGAUCUUGAUGAUUGUGCAAGCUGCUCACUGGCUGAGAAGGGGAUCAGAGUGGCAGAGGCUGUGACAGGACUCGUCCAGACUAUUAUGAGUUUAAACAUGACAUCACAUUCACAUUACAUCUUUGUUUUUAUAUAAAAACCAUAUUUACUUUGUAAAGAGGUGUACAUAGGUGGCGCAUUUUGUCUGAAUGACUGUGACAAAAAAUCGGAACAUGUUUUUAUAAAUAAAUUAUAUCUAUAUUGUUA